UACACCUUCCUCUGAAGCAUCUGGUGCCACCCAUUGUCACAGCAGGAUAAUGGACUAGAUGGACUAUGGGUCUGAGCCAAUCUGACAAUUCCUAUGUUCCUAAGGAUUUAAAGGCAUUGCCCUAUGCAUGGAGCUGAUAAAUUCACGGGGAAUCCAUUUCUGACUAUGUACAAUUCCCCACACAUGACUGAGCAACAAUUAAGAAAGGAAAAUAUUUACAGUAGAACAUUCUGACCCUUCUUCAUUUACUCUCUUUCCCAGGCUUGUAUGAGUCCAUCAAAACAUGCUAGAACUGCUCAGGGUCCAGUGGUGACAAAGGAGCUUCCAGGUCAUAGCACCAUAGAGUUCAAAACCAGAAGAGACCACCAGUCUAUCCCUGAGAGGUGGUGUUUCCCUGGCUGCUUCUGUGUGGCUUCUAAGGAGCAACAAUGAAUUCCUCUUUCCCUUUCCCAGAGAGCCACCUCAGCCUGCUGGAGCUUUUGAAAGGGGAGAACGUGUCCCUGCCUGGAGUAUGGAAUGGGAGCCAGGGGCUGGACUGGGAGGAGCUGGAAAAGAUGCUCUUCCUGUUUGCAAAGGAGCCUGUCACCAUCAGCCUGACCAUCCUGUACCUGAUCUCUUUUGUGGUGGGAUUUGUUGGGAACAUCAUGUCCAUCAAAGUGCUCACCAGGAAACGCAGCAGCCGGAUGCCCAGUCUGAGUGCCACCAGGAGCCUCCUUAUCAACCUGGCCAUCUGCGACUUGAUGGUGGUGUGCGUCUGCAUGCCCAUCACGGUGGGGAACUUGAUAUACAAAGCCUGGGUGUACGGGGACUUCCUGUGCAGGACUGUGCCAUUCAUCCAGGCCGUGUCUGUCUCAGCCAGUGUGCUCAGCCUCACGGUUAUAAGUGUGAACAGGUAUUACAGUGUUCACAACCCUCUGAAUGCCAGGUCCUUCUUCACCCAGAGGAAGAUCCUCAGCACCAUCCUGGUGGUGUGGGUCCUGUCCUCUGGGAUCUGCAUGCCCCUUAUAUUCAUGAACAAAAGGGAUGAGAUUGGGGUGGUGGAGGGACUGCCAUUGGUGUUCCCAAUCUGCAGGGAAAUAUGGCCUCAAGAGAAGCUCAAGCAAGCCUACAACUUCCUGCUCUUCUGUGCCCUCUACUGCCUGCCCGUGCUAUUCAAUAUGGUCAUCUGCUUCCUGACCGUGCGAAGGCUGUGGAGCUGCACCAGCCAGUUGAAGGAGUGCAACUCACUGAACCGAUCCCUGCCAGCCUCCAGGCUGAAGAUCCGCAAGAAGGUGGCCCAGAUGGUGGUGGCCCUGGUCCUGCUGUUUGCCAUCUCCUGGCUGCCCGUCUACAUGAUGGACAUCUGGAUUGACUUCAACAUCCCCAACUCUUUGCAGGAUGUGACUCCAUCUCCCUGGGUCCUGCAGCUCAGACCUUUUGCUCAGUGGCUAGGCCUCACCAACUCCAGCCUCAACCCCAUAUGCUAUUGCUUUGUUGGGAACCUCUACAGGUCAGCCAAAGAAAUGAAGAGCAAAUACCAUCAGAGGAUGGUCUCCCUUUUUAACUUCUCUCUGUCUGAAGGGACUGCACUUUCUUCUGUGCCUGAGCUGCUCUCUUACAGGAACUCCAUGGAGUCUGCAAGGAAAGAGUCCAGCUGCACCCUAGCAAUGGGAAAGAGGUGUCAGGGGGACUCUGACCCUAAGAACAACUGUGAAACUCUACUAAUGUCCUGCCAGCCUCUGUCUCUAAACACCACGUCUAGUGAAAAGACUUUUCUAUAAUCCUGUUCAGGAAGAA